AUGACUGAGAUUAUCAAGAAGGAAGUUGGUUUCAAGUGGGAGAAGGCACAGGAGGAAGCAUUUCAGACUCUUAAGGAUCGACUUACUAAUGCACCUGUUCUUAUGUUGCCUGACUUUCUUAAAACUUUUGAAAUUGAGUGUGAUGCCUCAGGAAUCGGAAUAGGAGCUGUUCUCAUGCAAGACAAGAAGCCGAUUGCCUACUUCAGUGAGAAACUUGGAGGAGCCACUCUCAAUUACCCAACCUAUGACAAGGAGCUCUAUGCCUGGUCCGAGCCUUACAAACUUGGCAGCAUUACUUAUGGCCCAAGGAGUUUGUUAUCCACACUGAUCAUGAAUCACUCAAGCACUUCAAAGGCCAACAGAAGCUCAACAAGAGGCAUGCUCGCUGGGCCGAGUUCAUAG